GUCUUAGACUCGAACCAUAACAACAAGCUUCGAUCAUACACCAACCACGGCAACAACCACACGAACCGCACUUCACUCCCUACUGUUGAACAAGUGAACAGCAACCGUAUACCACAACUUCGCCACCAACACAAAAACGAACAACAAUUCUGAAAAAAAAACUUGCACUUUCUGGCAUACUUUUGUUUUGCCUAAAAAUUUCUUCACCACAUUACAAAAUCGAUCAAAUGUCGUCUGCAACUGCAAAUCCAUCGCUCUCUUCUCCUGCAAUUUCUCACUCCUCUUUCCCUUCCUAUCAUUCUCUUUCUCGCCGCCAAUUUUCCCUCUCCUUUUCCUUCACACCAUCGUUUUCAUCGAAGAAUUUCAGUAGAAGUCUCAAAUUGGUCUCACUUUGUUGUCAAUCUCCUAAUAUUGGCACUUCUUCUACUGUUUCUGCCAUGUCGAAUUCCUCGCCUUCGCCUUCGUCCGCCAUUGAUUUUCUUACAUUGUGUCAUCGCCUUAAGACCACAAAAAGGAAGGGAUGGAUUAAUCAUCGGAUUAAGGGCCCUGAAUCUAUUGCUGAUCAUAUGUAUCGAAUGGCGUUGAUGGGUUUGAUUGCUGGGGACAUUCCGGGUGUGAACAGGGAGAGAUGUAUCAAGAUGGCAGUAGUUCAUGAUAUUGCUGAAGCUAUUGUUGGAGAUAUAACACCCUCUGAUGGCAUACCAAAAGAAGAAAAGAGCAGAAUGGAGCAGGCAGCAUUGAAUGAAAUGUGUGAAGUUCUUGGUGGUGGGAUGAGAGCUGACGAGAUCAAAGAACUCUGGACUGAGUAUGAAAAUAAUUCUUCUUUGGAAGCUAAUCUGGUGAAGGAUUUUGAUAAAGUCGAAAUGAUUCUUCAGGCGUUAGAAUAUGAAACUGAGCAUGGGAUGGUUCUUGAUGAGUUCUUCCUGUCAACAGCUGGAAAGUUUCAGACUGAAUUAGGAAAAAGCUGGGCUGCUGAGGUUAUAUCUAGAAGGAAAUCAACCUUGGCUAGUAAAGGAAAAUUAGCAGCAAACUAAACCGAAGUCUUGAUCUUUACUGAAGGGGCUGAUGGCUACUCAAAACUGGAGUAGCUUCAUCGUGAUUGAUCAGUCCAGAUUGAUGGUUUUCCACCAUUGCUCGUAAUUUUGUAUGCUGAUUUAAUAUAAGCAGGCAUUUGUGGUACUCUGUUAUGCAGAUUGAGGCGUAUAGGGUUUUAGCUCGUAUAAGUACACCCAGAUUAUAUAGUUUUUACUACUCAGAUCAGAAAAUGCUACCCGUGUUUCAUGCUCGCUUGAUGAUUAGCAUAAUAAAUCGGCCUUUUUGCACCA